GGUGUACGUUCAUGUAACAUCACCCUCCCUGCUUUCCCUUCAUACACUUUGCAAAGCACAUGUGACACUUCAUCACUCCGGCCACUAUUCCAGGCCAAACCACACACGGCACGGCGACCUACAGUACAAGCAGCCAGCGCACAGUUAGUUACCGCAUGCAGUUAGAUCUGAGCCGAGGUCACGGGACUGCAGCAGGGUCGAGGGGUGAACUGUGCUGUCUGGUUGAGUUUUCAUCUGGAGAAUUGUGAUAGUACCUCAGGAGAAAAGCUUGAGAGUAAAUCUGCUCCUCUGGGGGGAGCUCUAGGUGGAGUAGGUCAGAACUUGCUGCUGAGUCCUGCCAGUCUUCAGCUGGCUCAGCUUCAGGCCCAGCUCACACUCCACCGUCUCAAACUCGCCCAGACCACCAACACCGCCGCUGCAGCCACUGUCCUGAAUCAGGUCCUCUCCAAUGUGGCCAUGUCCCAGCCUCUCUUCAACCAGCUCCGGGGCUCCAGCAUGGCCCAGGCCCAUGGUAGGGCCUUCCCACCACCGCCUAUAACCUUCCCACCUCCAAACGCUGGCCUUGGAACACUGGUUGGUGGUGGUUUUACUCCAAAUCCUACUGGGAUCAGGCCCACUACCUUUGGAGGGGCAUCCAAUCAGAAAUUCAACCAGCACAAUGAUUACGGUAAAAAGGCCGGAACAUAUUUGACGGACACAGACCAUCACUUGCCGUUUGGAUACCUGGGAGGGGCUUCAGUGGUUACUAAUAAGGCAUGUGAUGGAGGACAGAACAGUGGAGCUACUUCACAACCCAGGAACAAUGCCCAAAGCAAUUUUCAGAGAGACUUCUUUUCCUCGGAGACCCCAACUCAACAAAUUAGAUUCUUGGGAGGAGGCAAUGAUCAGAACCUGGGAUCCCUUUCCUCAUCAGCCCCUAAGGAGCAAUGGAAAGGCCCAAAAAUGGAUAUCAGUACAGGAGCAGGUUCUGGGCCUUGGGUACCAACCGGACCAGGGUUUGUGGGCCCAAGAGCAGAGCUUUAUAACCCUGAGGAUCCCACGACAGAUCCCAAGUUCAAAUCGGCAUGUGGCCCAGCUGGGGUUGGCCCACCCAUAGGGCAGCAAGGGGGAUUUCAACAGCAGCUACAGCUCCACCAGGGUGAGGAGGGGGUGACAUUGUCCUUACAACCCCACCAGCUUAAUGACUAUCACGGGACAACACCUUCACACCUACCCUAUCAGUGCACCAUUUGUGAGAAGAAGGUUUACAACUUGAAGGACUGGGACCAGCAUGUGAAGGGCAAGUUGCAUCUGCAAAACUGUUCGCUUUACACUGAGAGCCUGACGCUCGGAGCAGUGCACUUUCCAGUGUCGUCUGAGGGAUGUCUCAACAUGGCAUUGAGCAACACUAUGGCGUACUCAGCAGCUGCCGGUCAAGAUGUUUCAACUGGAAGUGCUUCAUAUUUGCCAGCCACAGCUGUGAAGUCAUUUCCUCUCUCAGGGGCGGGAUUUACCUUGCACCAAUCAGGGACAAAGUUCCUUCAGCGUAAAGCAUUUCCUGGCCGUGUCAUCCACAUCUGUAACUUGCCGGAGGGAAGCUGUACAGAGAAUGACGUCAUCAACCUUGGCCUGCCCUUUGGCAAAGUGACCAACUACAUCCUCAUGCGCUCAACGCAUCAGGCUUUUCUUGAAAUGGCAUACGUGGAGGCAGCUCAAGCUAUGGUACAGUACUACCAACUGCAGCCAGCUACCAUCAACGGACAGAAACUACUGAUCCGCAUGUCCAAAAGAUACAAGGAACUACAGUUAAAGAAACCAGGUAAAAAUGUUGAGUCUAUAAUCCAAGACAUAAAUUCACAAAGAGAGCGAGAUGAAAUGCAGGAAGCUGACAGGUACCUACCUGAACGAGCAAGAUCACGCAGUCCCGUCAGUCGUUCUCUGAGUCCUCGCUCCCACAGUCCGAGCUUCACUUCCUGUAGCUCCGCCCACAGUCCACCGGUACUGCCCUGUCGGUCUGACUGCAGCAACGGCAUGGGGCCUUGCCGGGCCUCCUGGGACUGGACGUCUCACCCCCAAGGCGACGAUGACCCACGUGAGAGACAUGAUUGGAGGAACGACGAGGAAGAGAGACCCAACGGUUGGCUAUCUGAGCGCAGGAAACCCUACCUUAAAACUGGGGACCGGAUCAGUCCACGAAUGGGGCCCGGAGACAACCGGGGAAGGGACUGGUAUUCCCGCGAUAGCCCCCAGGGGUCCUCUUUUUCUUCCUACCACUCCAUAGAUGACUUCUACAAGAAGGAGUCGCUUUACAAGACUGACAAACUGAGUAGGGCACCACAUCAGAGACAUGAAGGGAAAUCUAAGAGGCGGGAGGGUGGAGACUAUCACAGACCUCGACAUUCAGAGUCAGACAUGACGGAUGAAUCCAACCGGAUGGCCGAGAACAGAGGACGCAGCAAGAGGCCGAGUCGGAGACAAGAGAAGGAGGAGAGGGAGUCUGAGAAUCAGAAGGAAGAAUAUCCAACCAAAGAGAGAUCAGCAUCUCCUCACAACAGCAAACCUUCAGAGCCCACAAAGUGUGAAAGAAAUGGUGACAGUGAGGAACUGGAUAGUGGAGAUGAUGGAGAGGAGGAGAGCUGGUAUCCUAAAAGCAUGGAGGAACUGGUUACCGUAGAUGAAGUCGGAGGAGAAGAAGACUCCAUCAUUGAACCUGAUCUACCUGAUCUUCAUGAGGAAGACCAGCCUGUGGAGCCUGGUCAGUCAACAACAGUCAGCCUAAUCUCCAAAUCAGAGCCCCCAAUACAGGGUGAGGAGCCUACAAUGGACCCCCCUACACUUCCACCUCUAGAUUUGGUUACAGAAGUAAGCUCCAGUGGUAUUCCACCCAGCUUUAGUGGGACGUCCCCUGUCCCAGAGCAUCUGGUCUCUCAACUCAACCAGCUCCCCUCUCAGGAGUUUAAAAGCACUUUGGAGACCUGCACCUCCAUAGAUAUGGAGACACACACCAACGCACCAACAUUAGUGGACUCUCCAGAUCACAACAGCACAUGCGAGAGUGGGAAAGUGAUGGACUCAAGCAAUGAUGCAAAAAAGGUGGCGGACACGGAUAGCAAGGAACCACUUCAAGAACAAGAAAGUCAGAAGAGAGAUAUUCCUGAAUCAUUACCUGCCCCUUCACCUCAGAUGACAGAUAUCUCUGCUGUUUCACCCUCCCAAGGGCAGGAGAAAGCCAUCAGUGAACACAGCAUACCAUUAGGUGUGGAGUUCAUCGUGCCAAGGACGGGAUUUUAUUGCAACCUGUGUGGCUUGUUUUACACUAGCGAACAGACAGCGAAGACAUCACACUGUCGGAGCACUAUUCACUACAGGAAUCUACAGAAGUAUCUGUCGCAGCUGGCGGAGGAAAGUCUCUUGAACUUUCACACUGAGUCACCAAACACUGAAUGAAGCUAACAUGAGACUCAUGUGACGACAGCACAGCUGGGAAUACUAAAAAAAGCCAUGGAGAUUGAAACAGAGAGACACUAAUCAAUUGAGAAAGAGAGCACUUGGAUCCUCUGUUUGCCCAAGAAUUUCAAGACUAUUAAUUUGUAAAGAAACAGUUCACAGUUCUGUUAUCAUUUACUCACCCUCAUGUCUUUGACACAAGAUGGUGUGUGUAUCCUGUGUGGUCCAGGCAUUUUUAUUACAUUAGGUGGGUUUCCAUCCAACUAUUUUUAUGUGCAUUUUGAAAUUGUGCAUAAGAAAACCUGAAUGGAAACGCUUGAUAUGCGAAUACACUUUCUACAUUUGCUUAAAAUGUAAUGUGCUAGGAAGAGGUGGAUUUUCUAGAGUUUCGCUUUAGUUAAAAUGCACAUUAAGGUGAUAGAAAUGGUUUAUUCACAAAAUUAUGACGUGUUUUGACCAUUUGUGCAUGAGUGUGCGUUAGCUUGAUGUGACUAGCCCACCGAAUGGUCCGACCUUGGCACACAAUUCUUUGAACGUAGCGCUUGUCAUUCGGAAGUGUUUAACCCACAGCUGGUCGAUAAAGUGGGUCCUCACCAAGAGCGUAGUUUGGCUUGAACAUUGGGGGGUUGUAGCGUGAAGCAUUUACAUAUUUCCAUUGAUCAUGAUAUAAACAAUGUGUGUGUGUGUGUGUGUGGGGUGGGGUACCUCCCCCCAUCCCCCCUGGAAUCUAUGCCCCUGGUCCUCACAAUCCGCCAGAACAGUUUUGAGGUCGGGCGCUCCCAGAUAUGCUGAGACUGGUGGUGUGUGGGCAUCACAGCUAUUUCAGCCCACAUUAUAUCAGAUAUUACACUUAUUCUGCAGUGUCUCGUGGGUGCAUUUAAGAAAAUGAGAUACUUGAUCCAAUCUUGCAAAUAAAACUGUCCCCAAAGCAGGGAGAGGUCAUUCAGCUGCUCCAUCAUGACGAGCUAUAAUGUGCAUUACGUAGUGGAUGGAAACGCGCAACAAUUCAUAUUUUCUUAAGUAACAUUUUUAGAAAUGCGCUUAAAAAAUGCUAAACAUUUUGGAUGGAAACCCAGCAACUGUGAACAAUAUGUAUCAGAAUGUGAAAUACACUGAUAAGUGUUGUGUUUACAUUAUUUGCAUGUGUCUAAAGUGCCUCAUUCAUACUCUAAAGCUUGCAUAUAUGUUGAUUUUCCUCUGUGGUGGACAAAUAUAAACUUCAGAAGUGCCUCAUUUAAAUUUUGAUUUAAAUUGAAAGAAAUUUAAAUUAUCCUCAGGUUAAUCAGUACUUAUAUUUGUGAAUAUUCUUUUAACGCUUUCUAAAGGAUUUGCAUCAUUUUUUAAUUGUUUCAAUUUAAAUGCAGGUGUUUAUUCAUGCUUGAAAGAUUCACAAAGUGCCUCAAAAUCAGCUGAACACAUAAAAAGAAAAGCAAUUUCUAUGUAGUGACCGUCAUAUUAUUUUUGCUUUUGCUUUUUGUCAUUGCAAAGCUCAGACUUUAAUGAAACUUGAACUGGACCAUGUUUAUUUAUCUAAUUUCAGAUUUAUUUGUGUAAAGAUAAAGCUGAGUGUGUGUUUUAAUGCUAGUAAUAUUGGAAUGUUUCUGGAAGGUUUUUUUCUCCCCCGUUGUUUUAUAUUGUGGUAUUAACAGCAUCUGGAAGAAAAAAAUCUAUAUAGUUCCUUCGGGAUGCUUUGGUGCAAAUAUUGAAAUAAACAUUUGGGAAAAGAA